GCUCCGUGCCCUCCCGCCGGCGGGGCGGGCUCCCUCUCAGCGCCUCACAGGAGCCACCCCCGGGCUGGGGAGAUGCGGGGGGAGCGCGGCGGGGCGUGCGAGCGAGUCGAGCCGCAGCCGGUGGGCUGAGGAGCUCCCGAGAGGCCUGUGGAGAAAGGGCCGGGAGAGAGGAGUGAGGCAGCAGCGGGAGGUGGCAGCCCCCAGACACCAGCGGCUCCGAAGGAGGAACAGGCCUCCAGUCCGGGAAGGAGAGAGACGUGGCCCGUGGGUGCCCCGUCCUGCGGGGGGCACCGAGGCAGGCCCGCGGUCGCCCUCCUCCUCGGGGAGACAGCCCUGGUCCCCGGCCCGCGUGUGGAGCAAGAGCCGCUGCAGGCCCCCCCGAGCAGGAUCGCGGGCAGCCCGCAGGGGGCUGCGGCAGCCCGACGCCUCAGGCCGGCAGAUACGUUUGCUCAUAAAGGAGGAAAUAGGGAGGGUAAAACACUGUAUUUUCUUUAGAAAUUCUGCAAGAGUGAUACUAUCAGUAAAGAUGGCAUACUUAAUGAGAGGAGUUAAAUGCUGCAGUCCUGUGAAUCAGAUGCACAAAGUAACAGGAACUCUGUUUAAAGCACACAUAUUGAAGAACAUAUUUGGCAUCCAUGAACAGCAAGUCCAAAUUUCACGUGCUUCAUCUCAACUUAGUUCUGAAAAGGCAAACUCUUAUAAUUAUGUCAUUGUUGGAGCUGGAUCAGCGGGGUGUGUAUUAGCCAACAGGCUGACUGAAGACCCUCUCAGUACUGUGCUACUUUUGGAAGCAGGCCCUAAAGAUACCCUCCUAGGUAGUAAAAGACUGUUGUGGAAGAUUCAUAUGCCUGCUGCAUUAACGUACAACCUCUGUGAUGAGAAAUAUAACUGGUAUUACCACACAACAUCACAAAAGCACAUGGAUAACCGAAUUAUGUACUGGCCCCGUGGAAGAGUGUGGGGUGGCUCCUCUUCUCUCAAUGCUAUGGUGUACAUUCGUGGGCAUGCAGAAGAUUAUAAUCGAUGGAGCAGGGAAGGGGCUACAGGAUGGGACUAUGAACAUUGUUUGCCCUAUUUUAAGAAGGCACAGACACAUGAACUGGGGCCAGAUCAGUACAGAGGUGAAAGCGGACCCCUGCAUGUGUCAAGAGGGAAAACAAAUCAUCCGCUUCAUCAUGCAUUCCUGGAGGCAACCCAGCAAGCUGGGUAUCCCUUCACAGAUGAUAUGAAUGGUUAUCAGCAAGAAGGAUUUGGCUGGAUGGACAUGACUGUACACCAAGGUCAAAGAUGGAGCACAGCUAGUGCUUACCUUCGCCCAGCCCUAUCACGCCCAAAUUUGUCAGUAGCAGUGAAGACGCUUGUAACAAAAGUCUUGUUUCAAGGAACAAAAUGCAUUGGUGUUGAGUAUGUGGAAAAUGGGCAAAGGAACAAGGCUUUUGCCAGUAAAGAAGUUAUUUUAAGUGGAGGUGCCAUAAAUUCUCCUCAGCUGCUUAUGCUGUCUGGGAUUGGCAAUGCAGAUGAUCUAAAAAAACUGGGGAUCCCUGUUGUUUGCCAUCUUCCUGGAGUAGGCCAGAACCUUCAAGAUCAUUUAGAAGUGUACGUCCAGCAAAAGUGCACCAAACCUAUUACUCUAUAUAAUGCACAAAAGCCACUUAACAUGGUGAAGAUUGGUUUAGAAUGGCUUUGGAAGUUCACAGGUGAGGGAGCCACUGCCCACUUAGAAUCUGGUGGUUUUAUCCGAAGUGAACCAGGGGUCCCUCACCCCGACAUUCAGUUCCACUUUCUCCCUUCUCAGGUGAUUGACCAUGGUCGGGUUGCUUCCACAAUGGAAGCUUAUCAGGUUCAUGUGGGACCCAUGAGGAGCACGAGCGUGGGCUGGCUGAAGCUGAAGAGUACAGACCCAGAAGACCAUCCUAUCAUUGAGCCUAACUACAUGUCAACAGAAAGAGAUAUUUGGGAAUUCCGCCAGUGCAUCAAGUUGACCAGAGAGAUCUUUGCUCAGAAAGCUUUUGAAAAAUUUCGUGGGCCUGAAGUUCAACCUGGAAACCAUGUUCAGUCUGACAAAGAAAUAGAUGCUUUUGUAAGGCAGAAAGCUGAUAGUGCUUAUCAUCCUUCUUGCACCUGUAAAAUGGGCCAGGUUUCAGAUGGCACUGCUGUAGUUGAUCCCCAAACAAAAGUAAUUGGUGUUGAAAACUUGAGAGUAGUGGAUGCUUCAAUAAUGCCCAGUGUUGUCAGUGGGAAUUUGAAUGCCCCAACUAUUAUGAUAGCAGAGAAAGCUGCAGAUAUAAUUAAGGGCCUCCCAUCACUUCAGGAAAAAAAUGUUCCUGUAUAUAAGCCCAAGACCUUGGAAACACAGAGGUAAACAAACACUCAUCCUUUCACAUCUUUUCCUACUUAGGUUUUCAUCAGUACUUUGGCAUCUCAUACAGAAUAUGCCAACAAAAAAUACUAUGCAAAACAACAUAUCCUAUUGAAGUAACUAUUAAUUUGUGGCAUUCUCUUAUCUUACAUUACCUAUUAAUUUUUUUAAUUAGUUGGCUUAAGCUACUUACAGUAGUAAAACAUGACCUUUUGUGAUACAAUUCAAAUCUUUUGUUGAAGAGAAGCUUUCUAAAUUACAAGACAAAUUGUGCACAUAAACCAGAAAUACUGUGCAAUUCAUGAGGAAUGGAAGAGAUGAAUUUGUGCUAUUUUGUGUAAAGCAAGAAGCAUGUUAUUUAAUAUUUGUUUUCUCUCUCAGUCACUUUCAGAUACUGAAUUAAAAAAAAAAAGACAAAACACUUAAAGAAACUGAAGUAAUUCAAUGACAUUUAAUCUAUUGACUUGUUUGGAUUCAUUAAGUAUUCCAAAAUAAAUUGACUAAUCAGCUGACAAAUUAUAAAGUAAAAGCUUAUGUAGCCUAAGAUUGCUUAGGACUUUUGGUAAACAAAAUAAACUUUUUAAUUUUUUGCAGAAAAAAGGGAAUUUAACACUAUUUGAGCAGAUUGUAAAAAAACUUGCAGUCAGAUGUUGGCUAGAGAGACAACUGCAAAUGCUUAAGCAGAUACUUCUACGUGGUGCUGCUUGCUGUAAGGCAGUGGUUGAAAGCCCUGCCACUCAGGCAAAUGACUGAAUUCAUUAGAGUAUCUGCAUAAAGAGUAAACAAAAGUACUGAAGACAGAAGAUGAUAGCAGUGAACUCUGAUCCAAAAGGAGUAAACAAAAGUACUGAACAUAGAAGAUGAUAGCAGUGAACUCUGAUCCAAAAGGAGACAGGUAAACCCUUUCUAUGUAUGUGAUUGACUAGCUGUUAUAGUAAGACAAUCCAUCUGAUGCAGCUGUGAACCAGGGGAAAGCAUGAACUGCAUAUGGUGCACCAUUUUAUGGCAAAUAGGCUUUAUGCAGCACCUGUGCUUUUUAGAUGAGGUAUUCAGUAGGUCUCUUAGGGUCAUUUGGAAUACAAAUUAUUAGGAUACUCAGAGUAGCAUUUACUGGAGAGACUUCCUACAAUCCUGUGCAGUUGAGAGGGGAAAUAAUUUGGAAAGAUAGAAUAUUGAAGUUCCUGCAUUUACAGAUUUACAACAUGGGUUUCCACUCCAGGCAUACAAGAUGGGAACUGUUACUACACAACUGCAGAGGAUUAAGUAGUCAGUGCCUCACAUAACUUAUUACUGAACACAAACAGAGCUAUCUUCUGUUAUGUGAAGCUCUAAUAGAUAAGGAAACAGCAAGGUUAGACAUACAUGCCAAAAUGCACAUGUAUCUUAUGUUCAGGUACAUAUGGAAUUGGGCAAUUUGAUAAUGAGGCGGUUCUUCUGAAACAUCAUCAUUUUUUCUUGCAGUUCUAAACAUACAGACACCUCACAAAUUUAUUUUUUUCCAAAUACUUAAUACUUUCAUUACUGUGAACCACAGUUGCUCUAUUAAUUUAGGCCUCACUGCUAUGGAACAUUAAGGCUCCUUCAUGACAUUCCUUUGAUGCAGGGCUAAAAAAAUGGCUCAGGUAUUUGCUAAUUUUGUUGCUUUAGGGAAAUCCUUAGGUAGCAUCAAGCUACCAUUAGUUUCUCCUGCAUUGCUGAUACUGAAUUCCUGUUAAAAUCGUUCUUACUUCUAACAGUCAAGUCUGCUAAGGAAUACUUGGAACAGGUACAAGAUAUUCUAGAGUUGAAUAUCACUCCCAGUACUACCUGGAUAUAUAUAUUUAUAUAAAUUUGCAGAAUGUACUACGUUAUGCAUUAAAAACCAGGUAACAGUAAAAGCUCAUGUCAGAAUUUGAAAGUCACUAGACCUGCCAGCAUAGCUUGAGCCAGCAACAGUACUGUGAGAACACCAGCAUUUCCAUCAUAAAUUACUUUAGUGUGAGAAAUGCUUUUAAAAGCAGCAGAAAAUAGCAAUAUUUGUAAAACUGCAUUAUAUUUAAUUUCCACAGCUUAAAAUCCUUUCCGAGUGUCUGAUUAUAAUUAGUCUGCAACUAAAUGAGACAGCUAUUUAAAUACUGGAAAACUGGAAAGGGGGCUUGCAAAAUGCAUUUUCUAUAAAAUAAACAUAGAACCAUAUUUUGAGGAAUAAUAAAAGCAUUUAUGCAUUUCUUUAAAAUUAUGAGUUAUUGUAGAGAAAACAAUCAAGCAUAUCUUAUUACAGUGUUAUAAUUUUGAGUCUCUAUUUUUCUAUCAUCCAAGCUCCGAAAGCACGGUUCAAAUAUGAAUAUAUUUUAUAUAUUCACUUCUUCAGUGACUUUACUUCGCUGUAGAAGACAUAGGUAUGUUUAAUUAAUCACUAAUAUUUUCUGUGAUAAUACACAUAUAUAAACAAAUCUGGAACCUAAUGAAAUAUGCUUUAGUUGUUGAGAUAACUAAUUUUUCUCUAUUAUUUACUAUGAUUGGUAGUAUUUAAAGGUGCCAAUUACCAUGUAAUUGUACAAAUUUUUUUUUCUAUACUUCUGUAAUAAAAUUAAACAGUUAUUCUAUGUACGUGCAUAUAUGUUCUCCAUUAAAAAUUACCUAUAUAGAA